GUCCCAGAAUCCUUAGCGGCGGGGGAAGCAAAAAUGAAGUCGGCCAUGUCGUGUUAAGGAGUCAAGGAACGGGACGAAUGUGGUUCAGGGAUAGCAUCUCAUCAGUUUUAUGUUAUGCCGUUUUAAAACAUAGCUUCAGAAUAUUUAACAUUUGAUUUUGCGUCGGAAGAUAAACAUAUUAUUCAAUAGCAAGCGCUUUAGUUAACUCAGCGGAUAAAAAUGAGCGGAGGAGGGACGCCGUACAUUGGCAGCAAAAUUAGCCUAAUCUCUAAGGCCGAGAUUCGCUAUGAAGGAAUUUUAUACACCAUCGACACUGAAAACUCGACAGUAGCACUUGCUAAAGUUCGCUCUUUUGGCACUGAAGACCGUCCCACAGAAAGGCCUAUACCACCUCGGGAUGAAGUGUUUGAGUACAUCAUCUUUAGAGGAAGCGAUAUAAAAGACCUAACAGUUUGCGAGCCACCCAAAGCCCCUAGCUCUCUUCCUCAGGACCCUGCCAUAGUGCAGUCAUCAAUUGGAUCCUCCAGUUCAGCAUCUGCACCAUCAUUCCGGUCAGCUAGUUCCUAUGCAGCAUUCAGCAGGGCUCCGGCUCCUUCCUACAACCAGUUUCCACCUAUCGGGUCGCAGCAGUUUGUAUCUACUGGAGGACGUACUAGUCCUCAGCGGGACUCUUUGGCUAAAAGUUCCCCGAUGGAGCCAGUAGUGCAGGCUCCCCCGUCAGCUGCACCUGGUCAGCCUGCAGCCGUUGGUCAGAGGAGUCAGCCAGGAGUGACGGCCAAACCCAGCAGCUCCACCGCUGGCAGCCAGAAACCCCCUGAUCUGCUCGAGCAGAAGAGAGCUCCUGAUGUUCAGAAGACUUCCCAGCCCGAUCAUGAGCAGGGUGCUGUUGAGAACCGGGAUCCUAACAGGCGUCAAAUUGCUGGUGUUCAGUCCAACCGCCGCGGCCGAGGAAGAGGAAACCGCAGCAGGGGCAGAGUGAACAUGCGUAAAGAUGGCACCAUGAAAUUUGAUGAGGACUUUGACUUUGAAACUGCCAACGCCCAGUUUCACAAGGAUGAGAUUGACAAGGAGUUUCAGAACAAGCUGAAACUGAAAGAUGACAAACCUGAAAAGGCUCUGAACGGAGAAGAAACUGCUGACUCAGAACAUCCAGCCAACGAGGGCGCCACUGAGGAAGAGGAGGCUACGAUAAACACCUGCUACUAUGACAAGACUAAGUCCUUCUUUGAUAACCUGUCCUGUGAUGAUUCAAGUAAAUCGGGUGAUGGCGGAUUUCCAAGGGAGCGCAGGCCAACCUGGGCAGAGGAGAGACGAAUGAACGCAGAGACUUUCGGCAUCCCUCUCCGACACCAUCGUGGAAGAGGCGGUUUCCGUGGGCGAGGGUACAUGGGGCCCCGCGGAGGUCGGGGCCGACCAUCGAGCAGAGGGUUUUUUGGCCCACCGCGGGGGGCCCCGCCCGGCUUCAGGGGCGGAUUCAGAGGUGGAAGAGGAGGCCGUGAUUUCUCUGAUUUUGAAUACAGGAAGGAUAACAAGGUGGCUGCGUAGUACUUCCAUGAUGGAUCCACCAAGAAUUGUAGCCACUUGUCAUGAAAUUAUGCCCGUUGUAGGAAUUUUCCUGUGGUCUCUACAUUUGACAGAAAGAAUGAAGACAUUAUUUGGACACCAGCACCUCGGUGGACUGCCUGACAUCAGGGGGUGUCGGCCCCACUCCCUCUCUCCACCUUGAGACUUUUUGGUUUCUUUCUCCAGAAGUUUUGUUGGAAAAAUUAGAAGAUCACAUGUAAAUACAAAGCUUUGGAGUAAUUGCGUACUUUUGCAUCAGUUGAAUUCCUUUCUUACUAAAGUUGUCUUUGAUAUUGUCGAUAUUAGGAGCUGUACGCUCUUAAACUGUGAGCAGAUCGCAGCCCGUGUGAUCAAUAGCUUUACUCUUCUUUUCUUUCUUUCAAUUUUUGAUAUUUGUCGGCACCAAAUCUGUCACCACUGCCUGUUGCACCGUUCGUUUUUCUGCUCUGUUAGGUUGCCAUGUGUUCAGUGUUUUUACUUCAUUAGUAGUAUAUUUUUUUUUACUUUGAUUUUCUAUGGAGUAGUGAGGCUUACAGAAUCAUAAAUCAGAACAGUUUGUAAAGAAUGAAUGUAAAACUAGUUCAAACCAGCUGAUUUUGCCCCUUUCGACUUAUGUUGGCCCUCAGCCCUCCUGCGUCAGAUGAGUUGUUUUCCUGCUGGAUGUCUGCAGGUACCGAGAGCUUUCAAAUGCAGGCGUUAAAGUUCUUUUGUUCAGUAUGUUUCACAAAGCUUCCGCUGUACAGGGAUUUAAUUUUGGCUGUGUUUACAUAGUUAAAAAUACAAGAAGAUAAUUUUUUUUUCUAAUUCGUGUUGAAAAGAUGUUAAUUAUCUUACGUCUUGGAAAAAGACACUUAAGCAAGUUCUUUUUCCCUAAAUUUGCUGUUUUGCCAAAAAAAAAAGUCUUCAAUGGAAAAUUUGUCAUUUAUAUGUACGUUCUUGUAAUUUCAGUACUUUAAAUCCUUGUUUUGUUUUGUUGUUUUUUUUAAUAUAAAGACGUCCCUUUUUGUUGUCGUGCUCAUUGGUGUUUCCCCCAUUAUGUCAACAGGCAGCAAGUCACACAGCUAAAUGAAGCACUUGUAGUGUUAAUGGAGUUGUUUACUCGACAUGGGAAACGUGUGACAAGGAUUCAGAUGCUUAACUGGAUUGCUGAUAAAUUGUAGCUCCACUUGUUGCGUCGUCAAUGUGAUCGUUCUCAGGAGUGAAUUUAUUUUUUUACCGACUCGUGAACAAAGGGACAAAAGGCUGGAUGUGGCUUUUAAGAAGGUUCUCGUUUGUUUUUAAAUCCAAUCCUCAAACUUCGUAGGCAGUGCCUUGAGCAUGGUGGUAUGAUUUCUUUCCCUCGUAUUUCUCCCAUUAACUUAAAUGUUACAUUGUGACUGAAGUACCGCUGGCACUACAAGGUGAGAAUAGAUCCUUUUUUUUUUUUCUUCAAAUAUGGUUAAGUUGGCAGCGCAGUAAAUGUCUUAUAAGGUUAUUGCACAAACAACUUCUAAAUGCACGAUGGCCUGUGGAGGUAAUUCUGUAUAUUGGCUUUAACAACAACCAAUAAGAUUUGAUUUGAGCCUAAAUUGUUAUAACUGACAUUUUUCAUGUUUGCUACUCUUUCCAGUCACUGGAAUUGUUUUCUUGGGAUAUCAUCAAAAUUGAGUUUUUACAAAAAUAAAGAGUUGUACAAUUUA